AGCGCUGUGGGGCGGAGGGAUAAAGGGAGCAUGAGGGAGGUGCGCCGUUGGUAGAAGGGGCGGAGGACUCGGGCCUUGGGCAGGCGGUGGAGACUCCAGGCGGAGGAACCGCUGCACCCCAAUCCCUGCAGUCCCGGAGCGGUAGCGACGCGCACAGGAGGGUGCUGAGGCUGCGCCGGGAGAGCAUCAGCUGCGGAAGCGGUGGCGGUCGUCCCUGGGUCCCCAACGCAUCCUCGGUGCUACCGCCGAGCCUGGGCCCUCAAGGAGCCGCGGCGACCCAAGUUCCCGCCAUGAGCAGCUGGCUGGCAGGGCUCCUCAGCCCCGGGGACUCCCGUCUGGGCGAGCGCGAGCUCAGCGCCCAGCGUCCCCGACGCGCCUGACGCUGCCGUAGCAGGUCCCGCUACCUCCACCGCCACCGCUGCGUCCCCGCCACCACCUCCGCCACUGCCGCCUCAGCUGUAGCAGCAUCUCCAGCAGCAUGUCUGGCAGGAAGAUCUCAUCCGAGUCCUUUAGUUCCCUAGGCUCUGACUACCUGGAGACUAGCCCAGAGGAGGAAGGGGAGUGCCCCCUGUCCAAGCUUUGCUGGAAUGGCAGCCGGAGCCCGCCAGGGCUAUACAGCACCAGAGCAGCAGCCAAGGCUACCACCCCGGCCCCCGCUGCGGCCCCCGCGGCCGCCGCCGCCGCCGCCGCCGCCGCUGGGUCCAAGAGGUUGCAGCGCCGCCGGAGGGUCAACCUGGACUCCCUAGGAGAGAGCAUCAGCCUCCUGACUGCGCCCUCGCCUCAGACUAUACAGCUGACUCUCCAGAGGACAUUGCAGUAUUAUGAACAUCAAGUUAUUGGUUAUAGGGAUGCAGAAAAGAAUUUCCACAAUAUCCCUAACAGAUGCUCCUAUGCAGACCAUUCCAACAAAGAGGAAAUUGAAGAUGUCUCAGGAAUUCUUCAGUGUACUGCUAAUGUACUCGGUCUGAAGUUCCAGGAAAUUCAAGAAAGAUUUGGUGAGGAAUUCUUUAAGAUAUGCUUUGAUGAGAAUGAGAGAGUCCUUCGAGCUGUAGGUGGCACACUGCAGGACUUCUUCAAUGGCUUUGAUGCAUUGUUGGAACACAUUAGGACUUCUUUUGGGAAACAGGCCACUCUGGAGUCACCAUCUUUUCUAUGCAAAGAGCUUCCUGAAGGAACUCUUAUGCUCCACUACUUCCACCCUCACCAUACUGUGGGGUUUGCAAUGCUGGGAAUGAUUAAGGCUGCGGGAAAGAGAAUCUAUCAUUUGAAUGUGGAAGUGGAGCAAAUUGAAAAUGAAAAGUUGUGCUCUGAUGGUUCAAAUCCACGAAAUUGUAGCUGUCUUUCUUUUCUUAUCAAAGAAUGUGAGACUAUUCACAUCACAAAGAAUAUUCCACAGGGUACUUCCCAAGUUCCUGCAGAUCUCAGAAUCAGCAUCAAUACUUUCUGUAGAGCCUUCCCAUUCCACCUGAUGUUUGACCCCAACAUGACAGUUCUUCAGCUCGGGGAGGGCCUAAGGAAGCAGCUUCGAUGUGACACUUACAAAGUGCUGAAGUUUGAGGACUGUUUUGAGAUAGUCUCUCCAAAGGUUAAUGCCACUUUUGAAAGGGUUUUGCUGCGUCUGUCCACCCCAUUUGUGAUAAGGACCAAGCCUGAAGCUUCUGGUACUGAGAAUAAAGAUAAGGUGAUGGAAAUCAAAGGACAAAUGAUUCAUGUUCCAGAAUCAAAUGCCAUUUUGUUUCUGGGAUCUCCAUGUGUGGACAAGUUGGAUGAACUUAUGGGCCGAGGACUACAUCUCUCAGACAUCCCUAUUCAUGAUGCUACCCGAGAUGUCAUUUUAGUUGGAGAGCAAGCAAAGGCUCAGGAUGGCUUGAAGAAGAGGAUGGAUAAAUUAAAGGCCACCUUGGAAAGAACUCAUCAGGCCCUGGAAGAAGAGAAGAAGAAGACAGUGGAUCUACUGUAUUCCAUUUUCCCUGGUGAUGUAGCCCAACAGUUGUGGCAAGGACAGCAAGUGCAAGCCAGAAAGUUUGAUGAUGUCACCAUGCUCUUCUCAGACAUUGUGGGCUUCACAGCCAUAUGUGCCCAGUGUACUCCCAUGCAGGUGAUCAGCAUGCUCAAUGAACUCUACACCAGAUUUGAUCACCAAUGUGGAUUUUUGGAUAUUUACAAGGUGGAAACAAUAGGGGACGCAUACUGUGUUGCAGCAGGGCUGCAUAGAAAAAGCUUAUGCCAUGCCAAGCCCAUUGCUCUGAUGGCUUUAAAGAUGAUGGAACUUUCAGAAGAGGUUCUGACCCCUGAUGGAAGACCCAUUCAGAUGCGGAUAGGCAUUCACUCAGGCUCUGUGCUAGCUGGUGUGGUUGGUGUGAGAAUGCCACGAUAUUGUCUUUUUGGAAAUAAUGUCACUCUGGCAAGCAAAUUUGAAUCAGGAAGUCAUCCUCGGCGCAUCAACGUCAGCCCAACUACUUACCAAUUAUUAAAACGAGAGGACAGUUUCACAUUCAUUCCUCGUUCCCGUGAAGAACUUCCAGACAAUUUUCCAAAAGAAAUCCCUGGGAUCUGCUAUUUCCUGGAGGUAAGGACUGGUCCAAAGCCGCCAAAGCCUUCUCUGUCUUCAUCAAGAAUAAAAAAGAUUUCCUACAAUAUUGGCACGAUGUUCCUUCGGGAGACCAGCCUCUGAGACCUGCUGAGGAUCAAAGACUCCUCCAAAAAGCACAAGCCCAGAAAAUGGGUCCCAAUGAUGGGAGGAAGAGAUGGCUUCUCUUUCAACACUCUAUAAGAACAGUUUCUGUGUCAAUGUCAUGCAAUAAUCCUUGAAACGGUGGAUAACUGCUGCCAAAAAAAUAAAAAUAAAAAUAAAAAUGGAUAAUAGGAGGGAAAAAUAUGGUGUAUUCAUCCAUAUGAGUGUUUCUGGUCAUAUGUAUUUUAUUUACAAGUACAGGCCCCUAUUCAAAAGUAACCAGUCAAUGGCAUCUGUGUUUUCUUGUUCAUCACCCAUACAGGUAUCUCUUCCUAUAUAUUUGUACCACUUUUGAGAGCCAAUUUUGAAUAUAUAUUCCUACAUUUAAUCAACUGGUAGGUAAGGAAUAUUUCUCUAGUUAUCUUUUCCUAAAUAGACAUUCCAUACAUAAAUCAUGAUAGUGUGGUUAAACUUCUUCAGGAAGAACUAUAACCCAGCAAAAUAUUUUAGGGAUAUUACCUAUUUUUAUAAAUAUAUACAUAUAUAUCUUCUUAUAGAAAUUACAUUUCACACAAUAUAAUUAGAUAUUCAGAAUGUAUUAUUGCAUUGUUGGAAUAGUAUGUGAUGUCAACCUACUAAUCUAAUACAGUUUCUCUCAUUUAUAGAGAUUAGUGCUUGGACUGAGAGUAUUUAUAACCAAGGAUAUCAGCUGUUGAGAAAACACGUGUAUGCUUAGUGAACAUAUUUUUUAGAUUUAUUUAAUGUAGCUUGGUGUCCAGAGGAAAAGGAAUUUUCUAGUAGAAGAUAUAUCUGUAACUAAGAUUCGGGAAAGUUCUUUUUGUAAUCUUCAAAUGUGUAUCAGUUAAAACAAACUGCUUUGCAAUACUAAGCUCUUUCCCAGUUAGAACUUAGCAGUGUAGAAGGAGUGUGCAACCUGAAAUAGCAUCUUAUGACAUGAUAUAUUACUAACUUCCCUUCCUGUCUUUACUGAUGCUAUCUAAGUACUGACUUGAAGUCUCAGACAAACCCCUGAAGCCAGUGUUACUGACAAAGCCUGUCAGGACAUUUGUUAUUUAUUGCCUAGAUACACACACAAAAAAAACCCUGGAUUCCAUGGCUUUGAGACUCUUAAAAAGUAAAUUCUUCUGCAGUUUGAUAAGGCUUUUAAAGCAUGAAUCUGCUCAGGAAUACUGGAACAGGCCUAACUCCUGAUCUAGCAAGCACUAUAUAUGUACAGAUAGGUUUCCCUUGCAUGUUCUACUAAAAUGAUGGCCUGCUACCAAUAGCCAACACUGCAUGAAAAAAAAUUAUUAUAGGCUCACACUAAAAUUAGGAGUACACAGUAUGGCCAGAAAUUUUGUAUUUGGAAUCAGCUAUAAAACCUAAACUUCUGGAGAGUUCAAUGACCUGGAAGCAUUUGCUGUUGAAAUAUUAGAGUGGAUUUUUUCUUGUUCUGGUAUAUAUACUCACUGAUAACUAUGUUUACUGGAUGCAAUAUACUUUUUUUCUGUUCAGGAAUUUGGGGCUGCAUUAAAGAUUUUACAACAUAGUUUAGAUAAGAUAUAUACUAAUUUUCAAUGUCGUCAAUCUGUGAAGGUUAAUCAAUGUUUUUACAUUCUUUAUUGUGUGACUUGAGAACUUUCAAAAUAUACAAAGUACUUGUUUUAAUCAUGGUCUAUCUCUAAUUUGAGUUAUGUUCUUGCCCUGGUAUAUUGGAGACAUGAAUUCAACAAUUUUCACUUGGAGAAGGCAAGAUAUUGUUAACUGUCUCCCCCCUUUCCCAGGUGUAGAUCUCUGUUUUUACAUCAUGCUGAUAGAUGGCCAGAGCAUGCCUAGGAGGCUUUCUAGCCUGAAUCUGGUGUAUCCUCAUGAGAAUAAUAAUAAAUAAAUAAAUUUCUUCAAGAGAAUUGGAUGUUAGCCCACCUCCUUCAAAGUAGAGGGAUUGAGAGGAUUUUCAGGGAGCAUGGAUGGAAUAAGAUAGAAACACAAAGUAGUCAUCCUCAUAUUGAAAAAAGUCUGAAGAAAGCUAAGAGUCUCCUUACUGUUGAGGAAGUGGAAAAAUAGCCAUGCUCACUGAGGUCAUUUAUGCCUAUUAUGUGCAGUAACUGUGUUUAUUAUGAUAUAUUCAAUUACUCAAUAUUCAAUAAACAUAUUCUGUAACCAUA